UGCAAUUUUUUUCUGCGGCUUUUUUCCGCCAAUCAACGCCCUCCAGCGAUUUUUCAGCUUCGGUGGCGUUUCCAUCGCAAGACACGUCGGUUCCCACCGUCCCCACUUCACCCCAAGGUCAUCCAUCUCCACGGUGGAAAUAGGCUCUUUGAAACGAAGCUCAAUGCUCACCUAAUCCUCAACCCUAACCUCCGUGGCACAACGAAACAUUUGCAAAGUACAACGGAAUGGCUGCCCAGUACUUCACUCUGACUUUACAUUUCCAACCACUGAAAACAAUAUUUCUGUUCACGUAAUUUUGUGGCGGCACAUCCAUACAACCCAGAAGAAUACAUCAGUUCGUGAAACGAGACAAGUGAUUUUUAAUGUCGAAGAAAAUUGUGCCGUGUUCAGGUUUCGUCCAGAAAGUUGUGAUCGUGGACAUUUGCGAUUUUUGAAAUCAUUCCACACAGCAAGACUCGCUGGUGUUUCCAAUCCAUAUGGAUAACAAUACGUAGAUAUUAAGUCACAAUAUUCGAGUGUUAAUAAUUCCUGAAAUAUUAAGGGACCUGUACAGAAAGAUUCCAAUCUUGCCGCGACUAUGUAAAUAUUUCUCCUUAAAGUAGCUCUACCCUUACGUUUUUUUUAAGAUACUAUUGAUGACCUUUCGAUGAAGGAACUAAUCCUCUAAAGCAUAAAAAUUAGUUUUAUUGUGGCUGCAAUUCAAGUACUCCUCAGGUUUCUGCAAAAGCGUUAAUUAAUGGAGCUCCUGAAAAACUAUUCUGGAUUUUCUAUAAGUUCUUGAACGCGGGAAUGGUGAUGAGGUGACAAAUGUUCUUGAAAUGCGGAACAGGUCGAUUGGUUUUAUAUUCUUAUCAGUACUAGUGUGGGCGUUCAUCACAUAUUUUUUGUUUCUCGACCGGCCGAUUGGAAAAGAGGACCAGAAGGAGCACGCUCUAUCUCAUCAAAUUGAUACACUGAAGAAACAAGUGAAGCAACAAAUAUCAGACAAUCAACUGCUCCUGGAGAAGAUUAUCGAACAAGGACAAAAAAGACUCAGUGAGGAUGAGGUAACUGGCUCGAUUCAGUCUCAGCCGGAGGGCAACGUUCACGACUUCGAUAGGAAUGCCCUUAAAAUUUCUGAUGAUGAAUACGUUAAGAAUGCAAUCAACAAGGACGAAGGGACACAGGUUUCACCGGAGAACCACCUGAAAAAUGAGGGCACAUCACAACUGGAGAAAUUACGAGGUCUUGCAACGUCAAAACCAUUGAAUGGAGCCCCAGUAAUUCCAGUUAUUGUGUUCUCAUGCAACCGGGUAACCGUCCGGAGGUGUCUGGACCAGCUGAUAAAGUUACGCCCAAGUGCAGAACAAUUUCCAAUAAUUGUUUCACAGGAUUGUAAUCAUCAGCAGACGUCGGAUGUUAUUAGAUCUUUCGGAGAAAAAGUCGUGCAUAUUCAGCAACCUGAUCAAUCCGACAUAGACAUUCCACCCCGAGAGAAGAAAUUCAAAGGAUACUUUAAAAUAGCACGUCACUAUGGAUGGGCCUUAAAUCAAGUUUUUCUUGAGUUUGGUUUCGAAACUGCAAUAAUCGUAGAGGAUGAUUUGGACAUAGCACCCGAUUUUUUUGAGUACUUCUUAGGCACUUAUCCACUACUGAUUGCUGAUAAAUCACUGUGGUGUAUCUCAGCCUGGAACGAUAAUGGAAAGUUGAGUUUAGUUGACACUCAUGCACCCCAUUUGUUAUACCGAACCGAUUUCUUCCCGGGUUUGGGAUGGAUGCUCACUAGAGAAUUGUGGUUGGAAUUGUCACCGAAAUGGCCGAAAGCGUAUUGGGAUGAUUGGAUUCGCCAACCUGAGCAACGUAAAGACAGGGCUUGCAUCAGACCUGAAUUAUCGAGAACCAGAACAUUUGGAAAAAUCGGCGUUAGCAAUGGAUUGUUUUAUGAAAAACAUCUCAAGUUCAUAAAACUGAAUGAUCAAAGUGUGCCUUUUACUAAAAUGAAUUUAACAUAUUUAUUAAAGAGCAAUUAUGACAUCGAUUUUAUGAAUGGCGUUUAUCAAACGACAGUAGUGAGUUUUCCAGAGCUGAAGGGCGGUAACAUUAUUGCUUCCGGUCCAGUGAGAAUUCCUUAUUUUAAUCGUAUAUCCUACAAGACUACUGCCAAGAUGCUUGGUCUUAUGGAUGAUUUCCGAAGUGGUGUCCCAAGAACUGGUUAUCGUGGAGUUGUAACAUUUUUCUACAAUAAUCGACGUGUUCAUCUAGCACCCAAUAAAGACUGGAAUGGGUACGACAUAACAUGGAGCUAACAUAUAAAAUACGUUUUUUCUAAGUUUUUUGUAGUAAAUUUUUGAGUGUCUGGUUUAUUUUAAUUACCACCUGAUGAGACUUAUCGAAGGCCAAAAUAAAAAGUCUACCAAGAUUUGAAUAGGGAAGGAUAAUGUAGUUGAUUGAAACCAUUUAAUCAAAUUUAAGUUUGUUGACCAAACCUUGAAAUCAUUCUAUUGAUCGAUUUUUUAAUAGAUAGUUGAUUAUGUAUAAUUGUCGAUAUGGAGAAUGGCGCAAUAGAGAAAAUGUUUUAAAUAAGAAAGAAGUGAUUCGUAUGCUGUGCAUUGAUUUCCUUUUCACCGCCUAAAGACUGUUAUGAUUUUAUUGAACUGACUAGAGGAGUUUAAAAUAAAAGGUGUAGACCUCAGUUGAAAUUAAGCAUAAAAUAAUAGUGAAGUUUGAAAGGGAAUUGAGAAAUUCCCUUCAGUCAGUAUAUUAUUAGUACCUGGUAUACAUUUUUUUUCGGGUAGAUCGUGAGUGAAAGAAAAUUGUUACUCUGUCGUGAUGAGAAAAUACUACCUCCCAAUUCUAAAUCGCGAAAAGAAUAUUCAUAGAGACGCUAACGCUGAUGGAAUUCCAGUCGAGAUAUGAGAAAAUGAUAGAGUAUUCUAUGUAGUACAUAAAAAUGCACUACUCAAUAAAAAAAUGCAUAUUGUUCAUCUGUUGGGGCAUUCCUUCGAAGUAAAAAAUUUCAGCGCUUUUGUAUUCAUGGAUUAAUCGAUUAGCGUCGAAAAUUAAGGAACAGUAUUUUUAAUGUGCAAUGAUAGUAAAUUAACAAUGUUGUACAAAUGAUAAAUAAUAUAAAUCCACUUUCAA